GCACGACGGUGUGUGGAUGCUCUAUGCGGGUCAGUGCUCACAGGCAGCGGCAAAGAAGCUGUGGAAACGGCAAGGGGGAGAGUCAGGCGAAGGAGAAGAGGCAAGGGCGGGGACAGCCAGGCAAGGCAGUGCGAGUGAAACGCGACUGGUCGCAAGAAGACAUUGGUAG